GGACGGCGGCCAUUUUGUUGUAGCCCGGAAACACAGGAGGAUUCUUUUUUUAUUUAUUUUUUACAAGAUUCUCCGUGGAGAGGUGUGAUUGUGCAGAGUGUGUGGCCAGUGACGAGGAGUACAAGGUUUAUAAACCACCCUAAGGUACAAAUAUAGAGGAGAGCAUGUAAUGAGAAGGACACAAGGAUCUGUAGAAGGACGUCACGAUGGAAAACCAACCGUCUUCCACAUCACGGGAUGGAUCCAGUAACAGAAAUCCCCCAGAGAGAUGUCCCCGUCCUCUGUAUUCCCGGGACUCCACACAGGAAGAUCAGGAGAUCCCUCAGGAGGAUCAGGUCGAUGGUGAAGGCUUGAUUGUUGUUAAAGUUGAAGUAAAAGAAGAAGACGAAGAAGAAUAUGAUUGGGGUGAUGAGCCGUGCAGAGAGGAAGAAUCUCCUCCAGAGAUCAGCACAGACCCCGGAACCACUAGAGCCACCCGAAGAGGUGCCAAAGCGGAGGAGGAGAAAGAAGGAUGUGUGAGGAUUAAAGAGGAGGAAAUUCCUAUAGAGAUCAGCACAGAUGGACAACCCAUAGAAGAGGUUAUUGUUAUCUCAAAGUAUGGUAAAACAGAAGACGACACCUCAUCCGAUUCUACAGAAGAAAGCCCCACCACUCCAGAUCGCCACACAGGCCCUCGGAGAGUAAAGCGAACAUCGAAAUCCACUAAACGAAAGGGACGCGUUUCUGUUUCAUCGCCCCCCACCGCCCAUAAAACAGCCGAUAGAGAGGGGGAAAAAUUCUCUUGUUCCGAGUGUGGGAAAUGUUUUAUUCAGAAAGCUCAUCUUGCUUCACACCAGAGGUCUCACGUAGCAAAGGAAGCCCACUCUUGUUCCGAGUGUGGUCAGUGUUUUUCUUCUAAAAGGGUUCUCAUUGAACAUCAGAAAACGCACGACGGAAUGAAGCCGCUUUCGUGUUCCGAAUGCGGCAAAGGUUUUACGCGAAAAUAUUCUCUCAUGACGCACAAAAGGGUUCACACAGGAGAGAAGCCAUAUUCAUGUUCACAGUGUGGCAAAUGUUUUUCCCUGUUGACCACUCUCAUCAGACACGAGCGAACGCACUCCGGAGAGAAGCCAUUCUCGUGUCCCGAUUGCGGAAAAUGCUUUAGACAGAAAUCGGACGCAGUAAUACACCAGAGAAUUCACUCGGGAGUAAAACCGUUUUCAUGUUCUGAAUGCGGAAAAUGUUUUGCCUGUAAAGGAGCUCUGAUGUCGCAUCAACGUGCGCACAGGGGAGAGGGGCCCUAUUCAUGCGCCGAAUGCGGGAAAUGUUUUUCCAUCAGCACUCACCUUCGCUAUCACGUGCAGACUCACAUUGACGAAAAGCAAUUUCCUGCUUCUGAAAGUGGGACGUCCAACCCGGAGAGAAAGAAUCGGAUUUUACAACAAGGGAUAAGGCCGUUUUCUUGCCCCGAAUGUGGCAAAAGUUUUCCGCACCAAGGCCGUCUUACUAAACACCGGAGAUGUCACACAGGGGAAAAGCCGUUUUCCUGCCGGGAAUGCAGUAAAUCUUUUUCUCAAAAAAGCGAUCUCAUUAGACACCAGAGAUGCCACACUGGAGAGAAGCCGUUUGCCUGCACUGUAUGCGGAAGAUGUUUUUCUACCACACAAAAUCUGACUUCUCACCUGAGAACUCACACCGGAGAGAAGCCAUAUUCAUGCGCGGAAUGUGGGAUUUCUUUUACCUGGAAAAGAUCCUUGAUCAGGCAUCAACGUGUACAUGCGGGAGAGCAGUCGUUUUCCAGUUAGGAGGUCAGAAAAGGUUUUGAGCUAGAUUCACGUAGCUCGGCGUAUGUUUUGGCCGGCGUAGCGCAUCUCAUAUGCGCUACGACGACGUAAA